UUUUUUUUUAUUUUUUUAUUACUUUAUUAAACUCAUUCGAGUCUCAUUCGUUCAUUACCAACAGUCUUGCGCCUUUUCUCUUCCUAUUUUUUUUUUCCCUACAUUUUAUAUGUCGUACACUCGUUCAGAUUCAGCCAUCGUGCCAAACGCGCUACACGACGAUGAUCCGACUUGGGGCAUGGGCUUUUCAGUAAUAGUGACCAUUUGUUCAUUACUAGGACUCGUUUUUUGUUUCCGACGAGCAUCAACAUUACUUCCUCGUAAUCUCAAUAUCCAACUACAGCUUUUUGGCGGAGAUAACAGUGAUAGGAAUGGACUGGGUAUAGGACGUCGAGGGCCCAUUGCGUUGUCGGAUGAUGAUCUUGAAGGCGCGACAGGACUUGAAUGGGAAGAUCUGGAAGCCCAGUUUCAUGGGGAAGGUUAUGAGGACGGAUUAGAUGGAGGAGAUGGAGAUGGAGAUGAAGAUGGGAAUGAAUAUCAUGAAGAGGAGAUGGAGAAUAUGACAGCUGGUUCUAGGUUGUUGAAGCCCAUAUCAAGGCAGAAUCGAUAUCUGGAUGAGGAUGAGGAUGACGAAGAGGAAGAGGAGGGACAAGAAAUGAUGGGUGGAGUCAAUGCUCGGUAUCGUGACGAUGAUGAAGAAGAUAACAGUGAUGGUGACGAACAGAGCAGGAGAAGGUCAACGUAAAGAGUGAGGAAGAUAAAAAUAAUAAAGCCAAAUUAGAAAUGGAUCAAAGGUGACAUGGUCAAGGAAAAAGUAAAGCAUAC